GACCGGCAGGGCAUCAGCCGCUUCGCGCCCUCCUCCGCCCGCCAGCGAGCAGUCGGGAAGGCGCUAUCAGAGAGUGCGCUUGCGUGUGUCUGUGUCCCUCCGCCCCUUCCCGGGCCGCGGUGUGUGCGUGCGCGUAAAAAGUGCGUGGUCGCAGCGGGCGAGCGCCGGGCCAGCCGCUCCGGCAGUCGCGACCCACCGUCCGUCCACACGCGUCUCGCUUCUCCUCCGCCGCUGCCGAAGACGGCGCUGCAGACGCCGACCAAAACACGAACACUCAGGGGCGUGACAUGAGCUUCGCGGGCCUCCUCGUUCACAGCUGCGCCGGCUUUGCGUCUCCGUGACUUUCCAGAGAUCACUGCGUCGUCCCUGAGGUAGCAACGGGUCCGUCCACAAUGGGGAGCACAUCUCAACAGUACUGUCUACGUUGGAACAACCAUCGAGCAAAUUUGCUGGCUGUUUUUGAUGAUCUCCUCCGCAGUGAAGCUUUCACAGACGUUACUCUAGCAUGUGAGGGUGGAACUUCAGUCAAAUGCCACAAAAUGGUGUUGGCUGCGUGUUCUACCUACUUUCAAUCCCUGUUUUCUGAAGUGCCGUGCCAGCACCCAGUCGUAGUGCUCAAGGACGUCAAGUAUGGUGAGAUGAAGGCGAUACUCGAGUACAUGUACAGAGGUGAAGUGAAUGUUGCACAAGAUCACUUGGCUGCCUUGCUAAAAGUAGCUGAGGCACUCAAAGUCAAGGGUCUCGUCGAAGAAAAUGGCCCUCUGGCUGGACGACACGGCCAUUUACAUGGCCACAGCCACGAUCGCCGUCCUGAUGAUGUGGGGCCCGCUCACUCCCCACCUGGUACCACGACACCUGCGGCGGCUCCACACAGCAGUGUUUCUCCGACAAACCCUUCGGGGGCAACUUCAGGAGCGACUGCAGGCUUCGAUCGCUCCGGACCUUACAAUCUGUAUGGUAAAUCCCCCGUCGGAGAACGAACUGGUGCCGGAGGAGGUGGGGGACGCUUGUCACUGCCAGUGUGGGCAGUUCCGGGGCUGCCCUUGCCUCACCAUCCGGCACCGAUUCCCCCACCGAGUCACCCACACGCAGCAGCAGCUGGUGUUCUUGGAGGCUGCUACGAUGCGGCUUCAGAUAUGUCUCCACUGAAACGCAAGAAACUCCAGAGCCUCCUGCUGAGUCGAGACACACCCAUACUUCGCACUGUGCUCGGACAGGGACAGGGCCAAGCUGACUCUUCCCAGCAGCCGAUGUCUCUCGUAUGUCAACCUGACAGCCAUGAACGCGUGAAUUCCAAUGGAUCAGAUAUUGAUACUGACAGGCAAAUUGUGAAGGCAGAACAGUCUGUUGAAGAGGAAAGGUCACCUUAUACUGAUAUAUCUAACAUGGAUGAAGAUAUCAGUGAGAAGAACAAUAAAAUGAUGCUUUCACAGACUUUCCCUAAUGACAUGAGAGAAAAUAUGUGUAACACAGCUGUAUCAUCUGGAAUAGCAACAUACGUCCCUACGCAGAAACCAGAAUGGAAACGCUAUAAACAGUACACACGGAAUGAUAUAAUGUCAGCUAUUGAGGCAGUACGGACAGGUAUGAGUGCAUUACAAGCUGCCCGCAAAUAUGGUGUUCCUUCACGCACACUUUAUGACAAGGUGAAGAAAAUGGGAAUUACAACAAGUCGACCUUUCAACAAGAGAGGUUCCAAUGUCAGUCCUGGAGGAUAUUUCCCCUAUGGAGGAAAUGGAGGUUCCAGUGCUGUUUUUGGAGGAGGUGGAACAUCAGAAGGUGAUGACCAGGUACCAACAAUGGAACCACUUUUCCUGCAGCAUGCACUUGAUGGCAUGAAACGUGAAAUUGGAGAACGUGAAGUUGCAGUAGCGGCCGCUGCAGCUGCAGCAGUAGCAGCUUCAGCAGGUGGCCCUGGGUCUGGAGGAGGAUCAUCAAGUCCAGGUGAGAAUGGACGCUCCCCCAGUCCUGGGCUUGGGCACAGCCCAAAAUAUGGUAGCCAUGAUAGUGCAACACCAAGCCCACCAGGUGACGGUUCUCAGCCUGGUACAGUUUCCACACCAGUAGCAGAUGAGGACAGAGUUGAAGAUCUGUCGGUAGCGGGUACUCGUAACAAAGAUGGAUUGUCAGCAACUCGAGUAAUAGUCCCAUUGGCUGGAAGGAAGGAUGAUGAUCAGCCGUUGCCUUCAAUGCAACAGCAGCAACAUCAACAUCAGCAACACCAGCCACAGAUCCAGCAACACAACAGCCUCGAAGGCACUUCUGCUGCAGACUGAUAUACAGUACCUCGGCAAGUGUUUACACAAUGCCACGAGACUGUCAUACUCUGAAGACUGCUGUAGUUAAGUAGAAUACCAGAUUUUUAAUUUGUUGUUACAGCUUCAUUUUACACACGUACUGAUUAUAUGGUUGUAGUAAACUGUUCAUGCAUUUAUUAUCUUUGUGCAAUAUUAUUUAUGUUGAAUUGUAUCAGAGUCUACAUUUGAAGGACAACUAAGAAGUAAACUUCAAAAUAAUAUUUUUUGGAAUUUUAGUGGCAUUAUUCCUUUCUUUGUAGGUGACGAGUGAAGCAGCAAUUAUUUACAAGCACACAUUAAGAAUGAAAUUAUUUUCUUUUUUGUUAUAUAACAUAAUUUUUGUGAUUUUGCUUGCCGUCAGAUUAGUGUGAUGUAAUUGUGAAUGUGAUUUUAUUCGUGUUUGACACACAUGUGAUAAAAUGGGCAUUAUACUAUAAGAUUUACUUUUUUGUGGUCAGGUAACAUUAUAGUUAUUAAGAACAUCUAUAUAACGUUAAACUGCAAUAGCCAAGGAAAAGAGUAAUUUCCUCUCUGUGGUCAGUAAACAAAGUUUAAUGUAGAAAUAUAUUUAUAAAAGAUGUAACUUUGCUUUCUGACUAGAGUAAACUUUAAUCAAAUCUGUAUAGGAUUUUAAUGACAGAUUCUUUAAACUAUAGAAAUAUUUUAUGGCCAAGUGUCUUGUAGGUCAUAACACACAUACAUAUAUAUAUAUAUGCGUACAUAGAUUAUGACAAACCUGCUUUUCAUCAAGACAAGAAAGUUUAAGAAACAAUGUGCAAUAUUUUUAAAUAUUCCAACUUCAGUAUUUUUAUAUACAUAGACACAAUUACACCACAUUUGAGUAUCUCAACAGUAAGUAAUCACUUCACUUAGAAAGUCUUACUUACUUAUAUUAAGAUUCAUGACUCAGUAAUUGCUGCUUUACUUGCAGAGUUUGUGUUGUUAUAUUUUCAAAGCACUGAGGAUAAUUAGAAUAGAGCAAUUAUUAUUGUUCACUUAGUAUUCAUUCUGUUGUUGAAAUAUCAUAUCUGAUUGCUAUGUCGAUCAAACUCUAUGUGCCUUAUCAGGAUUAUCAUACAUCACUGAUAAUCUUCAGAAUAUCAGUCAUUGUUUACUUUUUGUUAUUGGUGUAACUACCAUUUAAUUAGCUGUUGGGCAAGUAUGGAGAAACCUGCUAUGGAAAUAAUCACAGUUUGUUGUGAACAUGUUAUAGUAGUUUAUGUAGGCACUGUCAACCUUGUUGAUUGCCCUAAGCCAUCAGUCAUCAUUGUCAUUUAUAUAGUUGUUUUAUAGUAACUUUAUGACUUUUACAUAUAAUGUUAUGUAUUAUAAUGUGGAUAAUUGGAGGGAGUGAUCAAAAAUGAAAAUACAUCCAAGUAAAGAUGGAGUGAGAAAAAGAGGAGAAAUAUAGUAUUCCUAGAUGACAACAGAGUGACAGAGACAAACAGAAAGGGAAGAGACUCUUGAGUUUUCAGAACCUGGAGUCCCUCCAUCUGGAAAAAUAAACAGAGAAAGGACACAGUAAAUGAAUCUUAUUAAAAGACUAUAUGUAUUCAUAAUUCACUCCUUGACAGUCUUCUCUUUCACUCAUUUCUUGUCUCUUCAUUCCUUCUGUUUACGCUGUUUCUUCUUCACUGCUUUGCUACAUUUUUCUUGUUUUUAUUCUCUCAUCAAGACCAAUCUAUCUUUGUCUCUAUUAGGCAUCUCUUUUAGUUUUUUGUUCCCUAAUCUUAUACUAUUUAACUGCUCACUCUUCUUGUUUCAGUAUUUCUAAAGUUUCAUUGUUUUGUAUAUUGUUAUUUUUUCAUUACUGUGCUGCUUUCCAACUUCCCAUGCCAUGUCAUGUCUUUCUAGUUUGUGUAGUUUUGGGUAAGUUUCCUAUUGAAUUCCUUAAAGAACUCUUCCUUUGUAACUCCUUUAAAAUGAACGAAGUUCUGAUAACUUGUGAAUCUGUUGUCUUUCAGUAUGUACCCAUCAAUAUGCUGCUUCUUAGAAAGUAGGUUUUUUCCCCUUUCUCUCUCUCUCUCUCUCCCUCUUUUAUUUGGGUGGUAGAUAUGACAGUGUGAACUAUUCUCAAACAAGUAAAAAAAGUUUGACAUGCUAUAAAACAAAUUUCUUUCAAAAUAUUUCCUUUUGCAUACCAAAGUAGACUGAUUUCUGCACAGAAUAAAGUAUAAGCUCAUAGCCAUUUCUGGAAAAUGAGGAAAAAGAGAAUAAGUGAAUGUAAUGUACUGAAACUUCGCCAUUCUUGCACAAAAGCUAGUAAAUACUGUUUUAAUUUGUGAAGUGAAACAUUCAAUGUUACAGGUGUCAUUCACGCAUUUCACUAUUUGUACUCAAAUAUUUAAGACUUUCUUGCCUUACAUGGAUGACAAAACUAUCAGCAGUCAUGUAUCUUCAAUUUUUUUUUCUUUUUUUCUUUUUUUUUCCUUUUUUUGUACUGGUAUCAUUUUAUGUGACACCUAAAAUUGGUUCUGAUUCAUACACAAUCUACAUCUGAAUACGUUCUCUGCAAACCACUGUCAAGUACAUGGCACAUGGCAGAGCGUGUAUAUAAUAUUUGCAUUACUAUCCAGCCAUUUACAUCUAAAAGUUUUGAUAGUGAGAACAAUAUUUUAUGCAUGGAGAAAACUGUAGCAGUUCGUAUGUAAGACAAUAGCUAUUUAAAGAUGAAGGAUGCAAGUUUAAAAUCCUUUUAGGACAAUAUUGUGUAAUAUUGAGCAGAGGAAAGAGAUGUUGCAAGUAAUUUUCCACAAGUUGUUACAGUGAAUUCUUUUCUUUAUUCACAAUUAUUCUAGUAGAAAAAAUCAGUGAUUUAUUAGUAGGGAACCUGGCCAAACUUUCUAGAUUCAUUUGCUACUUGGAUGUGGUAUGUUCGCACUGUCAGAUUCUAUUCUGGUUAAUUGUUACAACCAUAAAUCAUGAAAAUGUUUUUUUAAGUAAAAUUGUAACUAAGAGUUGGUAAACGUUUAAAGAACUAGAGGUUUGAUGUUUUCUGUACUGUGUCCACCUUGUUAUCAAUAAGAUUUUUUCAUAGUUCAGAUAAUGCAAAUGUAAUUUGCUUUCUGUUGUAGGUACUAAAGUUAUAUCAGUAGGCCAAAAUAUUUACUGGAAUACUGGUGACUGGAUCAUAGCCCUUUAGAGUGCUACCAUAAUUCUCUUGAAAUGUUGAAAUGCUGUGGUGUAACAAAUGUUACAGUAAUUCCUUCUCAUUUUUCACCUGUUUCUUUUCCUGUGUACAAGUGUACGUUGUUUGUUGGCAUAUUGAAUCUUUCUGUUAUUGGCUGCUUUUCUUCCUCUUUAGCAUGAACGUGAGACUGAUUUGCAUUGUUAUAUUCAUAGUUUCAAUAUCGGUUAACUUUUCCAAUAUUAGUUAGCAUGCUACAGAGUUUCUGUCUGUUUUUUGCAUAUAUUUAAUGGAACUGUGGCAGCCCAAGAAGUUCUCUACCAGUUGUUUCAGUCUCACAGUGACUACAUAUUGAUCAAUUAUUAUUGUAUUCACUAACUGUGGUAUUGUGUAAUAGAACACAAUAAAUGUUUUGAUAUUUGUAGUACACCAAGUUAAAAAUGUGUGCACAUUGUUUCAUUCACGCAGGAAAUUGCAGUAGGCACUGUUUACAAAUAUUCAUGAGAAGGGUUAAACGCGUUUCUUUACUUAUCACCUUCCUUCAAAUUGAUUUAUUUUCCAUAAUCUUAAUGAAAUCUGUUUUUAUGUCAUUAAAGACUUGUCUUCAUCUUUGCACACUCAUUUCUUCAGUUACAAAAGCACUUUCAUUCAUAACAUCUUGUUGUUCAUCAAAAUAGGUUUUGACCCCAUAUUUGUAGUUUGCACCAUAUGAAAUAAGACAUCCACAGAAUUAUUAAUAUGAUGUAGCUCACUAUCUGAUUUUGUAGAUUAAAACUGAUCAAUCCUUCUGACAGAUUGUAGAAGUAUAGCUUGUUAGCACUCUUACAUUUUAUGUACUGUGCUGUGCCAUCUGAACUACCCAGGCAUACUUUACUGGAACUUUUAGUGCUCAUCACUUACUCUCUAAAUAGCUGGUAAGCUUAAAUUUUCUUUCUGCAUUGUGUUUUAACCAGUCUUGUGUUCAUUUUGAUGGUGCAUCCAUGUAAAACAGUAAGUCUGUUUCUUAAGAGAUUAAGCAAGCAAAAGAGUGUGAACCCAGUCACCAGCAACAGGGAAUUUAAAUGGCUGUUUGAUCAUUAGCAAUUAUUGCACACUAUGUGUUCAUGAUAUGAAUUUCAAUUCUGCCAUAAACUUAACUUUUUGUCAUCAGGAGGGACCAGAUAAGGGAAGACUUUUUGUGUCAGAAACUGUCACAAUAUAAAAUGUUUCCAUUCGUUUAAAGGAAGCAUAAUCAUAAGACUGACAUAGAUUCACAUAAUUUAUAUUUUACAAUUAGGUUUUAAUGAAAGGCUGUUGGACAUGUGACUGUGAUACACUCAGGUGGUAUCUAAUGUCAAAACUUUCGCCAAUAUCACACAGCUGUAACAGUUUGCAUACUGGAGCAGAAGUGUAAUAAUGAGACUGAAUCAUAUAUUUUUAUUUUUUGUUUCUGUUUUUUUUUCUUUUUCUGAAAGGUGUGAGGAUUAAAGACUUAUUUAUGUAGAAUAAUUUAAAUAGCUGUUCUUUGAGUACAUUCAAAAAGUUAAAUGACUGAAUAAGUACAGUUGUGUAAUGUCCUCUAAUGUUGUAAUGUACUUGUACUUUGUGGUCUCCCUGAAUAAUAGCAACAUAUGAGACAGUAUAGCUUACCAGCUUAAAAUGAAAUGCUUGUGUAAAUAACUUACUGUUAUUGGGUAUCUGUUUAAUAUUGAUGCUGUUAGUAAUUGAGUUGCCAAGUAUGUGUCAGUGAUAGGGUAAAACCAUUGUAAAAAUAAUUUUGUUUAGCAAGACUGACAGCACAGUGAAGUUUAGGAUAAAGUAGUAACUGUAACUAGUAAUCAAUCACUGUGUGUAGUUUACUUGAUUUUGUUAUAAUGAGAAAGUUUAACUCUAUUUAUAACUGUAUUACCUGAUUCUUCAUUUAUUCCAGAAAUCCUGUGAAUUCUGUAGCAUAUUGAUGGUUUGGGUAGAACAACAUUAAAAUUUAUGAACUUCUUAUUUAAAACUUAUACACUUUUGCUGUAGAAUAUUGGGAAAUUAUUGGAAAUGUUGAUAUAAUUUUCUGUAAAUUGGUUUUGGACAUAUUAUAUGAGAAACAGCUAACACACUUUGUAGGUAUUCAGUUGCAUUUGCAAAAUACAGUGUGCUGAGUGCCUAUUUGAAUACAGUGGUAAGUUAACCAGUUAGUUUUUAUAAUGCAUUAUUUAGCAAAGGAUACACAAGUUUUAGUUGUAAGAUCAAUACUUACUUAUUGUAGGAUUGUAUGACCGACUGAACUAAUAUCAUGGGCAUUUUUCAGAGGAGUACUACUUGUUCCAAGAUGCAGUUUGAUACAGUUCACAUGAGCAAAAGCACUUGUUAAAGAAAAAAAGAACUUAAUGUCCAGCGUAUAUUUCAAUAAUUUAAUUUGUGCUAGAGUUUGUGUUUGCUUGUUGUUACAAUGCUCAUUAAGAUUUGUCAGAAUUUUAAUGAAAAGUCUCUUUUUUGGGUUUUGAUUACUUUUUAAAUGGUUCUCAUACUGCAGAACAGAACAGUAUUACUCCUCUGUGAAUCUUGUAUUUCUUUGUGUAUUGUUUUUAGCAUUAAAUAUUUUAUUGAAUUGCUGUGAUUUAUCUAGACUGAGUAUUGUGAAUGCUCAACAGACAAAAGAUUUGAACCUGAGCUACACAGUACCACUUGCAUUUCCUGACGUACGUAAAACAGAGAACAGACUGAUAGCAUGCUUGUCUUAUAUUCAGUUAUCCCAUGAAAUCUGCUUGGAAUUUUCAUAUGCAAUGGUUUUGAAGUGUGCUGAGACAUCAGAGUAAUUGUAUCCACAGAAAUAUCAGUUCCACAGAGCAUACAAACUUUAUAUCUUUGCAGCAAUGAUGAUUAUGAGUGGGACCUGUUUGUAAAGUAAAAUAUGUAAUUGUUACCAUCCCAUAAUUUCCAAUAGAAGUAAUUUUAUUGUUUAUCUUAACAAGAAAUUUCUAGUUGUUACAAUUUCUCAUUUUGUCUAAAAAUCUAAUCUCAGUGUUUCAGACAUAAUUUGUAAUCCUUCUGAGUCGAAAUCUAUAUACUUGCUUUAAUAUGUCUGCUAACAGAAUACAAGUUUGUUCUGUGAAGUGCACAAGUUAAUAAUAAUCAAGCAGAUUUCUGGGAUGACCAGACUCUAGUCAGUGAAAAGCACUUUCAUUGUUAGGUCCUUAUUUUCACACAUAUACCUCUCACAGCAAUACCAAGCUUCUUUUGUAUAAAUGUUACUUGUUUUGUUGAUUAGAGGACUUGCAAUUUUUAUAGGACUAUAUUUAACAGUAGAUCAAAACUGGAUCAUGGCACACAAAGUUGAUGUUUCUGUUAAUGCAAAUUCUUUAAAGUGUAUAAUGUAGGAAAUAAAUUGAAUUAAUAUUAUAUUAACAGAGAGAGACUCAAUAUAUAUGUUUUAAUUAUUACUAUUAUUUUGUACAAAAUCUUCUUAUUUAAAGAUGUGUUAAAUGACAUUGUUGUCAGAAAAUGUUAUAAUUCUGCAGCCACUAUUCAAAACACACAGAGAGAAGACUGAAAUAUAUGUAAUGUUUACUAUUUCCAAUUUCUGUACAUUAUCUCUCAUGUCACUUUCACAUUUAUCCUAGAACUGUGGAAACAUGCACUUCGGGGAUGAAAUGGCAGAGUUUUAGGUCCUUCAUAUUUGCUUGAAUUGUGUUAAUGUAAAGACUUUUAAAAAUUGUGGGUGAUAAACUGAUUUUUAAAAUUUAAGCCUGUUUGCACAUGUAAUUUACAAUGUACAGGUUACUGCUUGACAUGUUGGCUUGGGUUCCAAGUCAGUAAUUAAAAUAUUAACAGUUGACUGCUUAAGUCAAAUGUUGAGUGCACUUUGGUAAUUUCAUUUCUGCUUAUGGAACAUUUUGUUUGCAACUGCUCCUCCUUAACUUGUAAUCUGUACUGACAUUUCAUUUAAACUGAAACUUUUUAGGUGACCAGUCUUUCCACAAUAUCUUGUACACUAAAAAUGAAUCUGUUCUUUCCUUGCUCUUAGUUUAUCUUCAUUUUCAUUACUUUUCACUAAUUUCAUAAUUUUAGUUUUUGUAUAACUUUAUCUUGUCCACCUCUUUACCUGAGCAACCAUAGUGUCUUCACAGCCACUCAGUUUCAGUUCCUCAUACUGACAUGGAUUUAUUCUUGUUAUGAGGGCUGGAAUGUGGUGGACACACUCUUGUGAGGCCAACAGAGAAGCUACUUGAAUUUGAACUAGUUACACUGUGGCGUACAAAGCUGAAAACAAUUGGCAAAACAGUGCACUAAACUUGUUCCCCUCCAUACUAUAUCCAAUGAUCUUAGCUUAGGAUGACAGUUCGACCUUUCAGCAUUGUGGUCUUUGUGACCUUAUCAUGGUCUUAAUUGGUUUCGACAUAUUUUCAUUGCACAAAAUUUAUGCAGAAGGAAAUGCCCUUCUAUGAAGUGCUUUGUUUUUGGCAUCUGUUUCCACUGUUCACAUUUGCAGAAAGAGAUUUAUGUGGCUGUUAACUAAUUGUGUGCACUAUUGUUCUUUCUUUCAUGCUACAUUCUGAGUUGUUGAGGGGGAUAUGUUUGUCUUGAUUCUUCUUCACAGUGCCUGGCUGCUAAUUAGAUGUUUAUAUAGAAAUUUUGUUUAAGACAUACUGACAUGCUAGUGAACUAUAUCUUAAAGAGGAUGUGGUUACAAAGACACAGGGGAACAACUCUUUAACUCACACAAAGGAAAAAAUAGUGACUUUUAGUUUACUGAGGGCUUAGGCCAGUAAAAUAAGACAAAAAUCACAUAUCAAACUGGUGAACUAUAGACCAAGCUUAUGCAUUCUAAUUAGACAAAAUUUCAUGUCCAUCUAUGUAGUUUAAGGUCACACUUCAUCAUCAUUAUCUUUUUUGUCAGUAAUAUUCAUGUAAAGAUAACUGAGGAGCUUCUUGAUUGGAAAGUGGUGGCUCCAGUCUUGAAAUAUGACAAUGGCUGGGAGAGCCCCUCCAUAUUCACAUCCAGUGAUGCCUGUAGGCUGAGGAUGACAUGGGCCUUCCAGACCUAUUUGGACGGAGUUUAGUUUAGAUUUUUAGUACUCAUAUAAAAUCAGAGUUCAAAGUGCUAACCAUUACUGCAUGGAACCAUUAUUCCAAUCCUAUUUGGAUGGACUUCCGUUUUUUAAUACUGAUAUAAAAUCAGAGAUCAGAGUGCUAACUGUUACACCAUGGAACCAUAAGAUAAAACAUAGUUUUAGUGGUUAUUCAUAAAUUACUUCAUACAGUCUAUUGAAUAUAUAAGGGGAAAAAUAUGAUACACUAAUGACAAAGAUCUAGGAAAUUUGGCUGAGUAUGUGCAAGUUCCUUGCCACAUUAGAAUCAACAGUGUAUAUCACUUAGCUUUUGUUCUAUAGAGCUGUCGUGGGGAACAGCUUGGUGAUCCUAAUGUCCCUUCAGAUUAUUUUUUUCCCAUCGAGAAAAUCAUUACCAUAACUUGCUGGAACCUAGUAGUAGGGCUGUUCACUGUAUACUGCAUUUCAGAUGUUUUCUUUUCUAUUUCUAUCUAUAUUCAAGCACACAUUUACAAAUUAGGCAUAUUUUCAUGGAAUAAAUUAUAAAGGUAGCAAGUUUCUGUUGUAAAACUUGCCAAUUUUCUAAAUAAUAUCAUAAUAAUAAGAUAACGGAAAGUUCUAGUUGGAAUAUAAAUACUGGGACAUGUAAUGUUAACAACUCAUGAUGUAGGCGAGAUGUUGAACAACUAAUAUGCACAGAAACAAGACUGAAAAAGUUGCUAAGCUUCUGAUACAGGGUGCUACAAAUGUCUGGAGUGCAUUAGUGAGAGGUGGUAAUAUUUAUGUACAAGAAAAGUAAGAAGGAAAAUGGGGAAAGGUGCACAUAGGCCAAUAAGAGAGAAAACAGAGUAAAACAUCAUAUCAUUGUUUUAGUCCUGUUUAUAUACAGAUUGACUGCUCAGUGCGUCAAAUAUAUGAUGAGUUUUUAUCUUUAUUCCUUCCAUUAUCUGGAAACGUAUAUGACAUAUAAGAACAGUUUUUUGGCAGUGUGAAAGAUGAGAAAUCAUACAUGUGUAUUACAAAGAUCUAUAUAGUUUUACUCAUUCUUUACAACUAAGAAUUUUUAUAAAUUGUGUGCUCAUUUAGCACGUAACUGAUUAGGCUGAAUUUCAUCCAUAGGAAGAAGGUAGCAUACUUUCAGGAUAAACAGUGCAAUUUUAUUUGAAAAUAUGAUUGUGACAGCUUUGUUAUAUUCACUCUUCGUAUAAAUGUGUUGCCUUUUUAUGGGUCCUUCCUUGUGAAAAGCAAUUGUCUUCAACAGGUUAGAAAGUAUUUGAUUUGAAAGAAAGAUAAAUCACAUUGUAGAGAUCAGUCACAUGCUUUAUCACAUGUCUUUUCUAUUUAUUGAUCUGACAGAUGUACUAUACAGCUGUUGCUUCAUAGUGCUUGCAGAAAAGUAUAAAACUGCUAUGAAUGAAUAUGUGAACCAAAUACUAUUCACAUUAUUAUGUGUUGUCACUUGUGACUCAUUACUUCAUGAGUGAAGGCAGUUGAUACUGAGGUCUGAGUCAGACUGAUACUUAAGACUACAUACAGCUAGAUGAAGGACAAUUUACCAGCUUGAAAUGCAAGAUAAGGUUUGUAGAUACAAGUAAAAGAAAAAGUAAUCUUGAAACAAGAGCCUCUUUCUUUUGAUCACUUAAUUAUACAAACCUUCACCUGCUCUUCAUUUCGUUUCUUCCAAAAAGGAAAGGGGCAUUCAGCACCAGAAGUUGUAAACAGAGGCUUUUUUUGUGUUUGUGGAGAUUUUGCUGCAAUCAGUCAAUCAGAAUUUAUUGUUCCUUGCUAUGCUUAUAGGUCCUCUCAUGUGCACACUGAAUUUUAUUUUUCUGUUACUACUUGCAUUGUAUAAAAAAAACCAUUCACCAUUAAUUGUUUAUAUCUGGCAGCUGAAACUUACUGACAAAGCCUAUACUAUUCACAAUUGACUUGCACUCUGUUGGACUUAAGCAGUUACAACUGUCAUACAAAAAUUAAAUUGAAUUAGAAUGUUAAAGCUAAGAGAGUUUACAUGUGAUGAGUUAUACCUGUGAAAGUUUAACGUGCCUUCAAAUGUUAACCAAUAAUACUAUUUCUUGUAAACAGUCCAAACAUUCCUUUGCUGCAUACAAUAGAAACUUGCAAAGUUACUGGAUAAGUACAAAUCCCAAGUUACAAAUAAAUGAUAAUGAAGACACAAUAUCUGUUUAAAAAAUAAGUAAUUACUCUUUUCAUAUGCAUGGUACAGUUCCAGGCAAGGAAGAAUAUUUAUUAUUUGAUAGUAAGCAAGAGCUGGCCUUAGCAGAAAAUAUACCCACUUGAGAGAAAUUUCCCUUAUGAGUGCAGAAUAUUAUUAGUCACUCAUUAUAAAAUCUCUUUACAGAUUGAUUGUGAAAGUUUCAUGCUUAUGCUUGGAGAUCUUUCCACUUUUAAUUAUUUAUGUAUCACAAGUAGACACACUAAAAUAUUUUCCCGUGGUAUUUUUCUUGCCAUGGCUACCUAAAUUGCAUUUGAUGGUUUUUUUGUGACCAGGCAUACACUUCACCCUCUGUUAGCUUACUGGUAAUUUUUACAAUGGAAAAAUAAUGUCUUACUAUAACAUUACAAUAAAUUUUUUAUUUAUCCCUCUUUUGGAUAACAGUGGACCAAUAAGAAUCUGACUUUAAAUUUAAAGUGUCAUUUGCUUUUAAUUUUGGCCCUUAUUGGUGCUGUGGGAUUAUAUUUCAAUGAAAGACAAAGUGCCUCAUUUCUUCCAUAAAUUGACACCUUCUUUGUCAAUACACAGGAAAUUUAAAACAAAUUAGAUCAGUCAAAGAAAAAGGGCAGCAUUAUGUGAUAUGUUGAGUGCUAACAGAUGUUUAUAAAUUGCAGUUGUUUCAAAGAAAAUGCCUUUUGCAUGCUGCACAUCAAAAUUUUUAUUUUUAUUUAUGCACUCAGAUGCUUUUCCUCAUCUGGCAGUUUCCUUAGAUGCAGUGAAUUAGAAGUUACCUGACACCCACUGGAGAUGCCUUGUAAAAAAGGAAAAACAUGUAUGGGCACAUAAAUAAAAAUAAAAAUUUUGAUGUGCAGCAUGUAAAAGGCAUUUUCUUUGAAACAACUGCAAUUUACAUACAGCUGCUGCAGAAAUGGUCACUACAAGAAAAGUGUUAACAGAUGUUUGUUUUGUUUUCAUAGUUCUUUUGGUGUAAUGACAAGUAUGCAGAUUUGAUAUUAAAUAAUGAAUCAGGAUCAAUAUGAUGGUUGAGCUAAGGAAAAAAGACCAAAGUACAUUUGCAUCACAUCACACUGAUACUAUUGAAGUUUUUGAACUGUAAUUUCUCUUUGCAUUUGGAUCGAAUUUCUCACUUAAAGUGGUCAAUACAUUUCUUUUGCUUUAAUACCUGAUUUUAAGAUUACGAUUGAUCAAAGAUAAGGGUGAUUGAUUAUGUAUCACAGUUUUAUGUUAAAAGACUGAGUUUAUAGAUGAGUGUUAUAGUGACUAUAGAGUUUGAGGUAUAUUACUUAUUGUAGCAGUUACUCAACAUAAAAGUAUGUUGGAUAUUGUUUUGUUAUCUGCACAUCUCAAAUUCAGAAAUAAAUGACCAAAUUAUUCAGUGGUCUUCAAUGUCUACCUCAUAAAACAAUACCAUAAGCUAUUGUUAGAAGUGCUAUCUGCUGAAAUUGAUGAUAUUUUGUACAUAAUGAUGACAGAUUUCAUGGAAACUAUUUUAUAAUAUACACAAACAAUUUUAAUUAUGACACUAUAUAGGAAAAAGAAAACAUAAAAAUGUUGCAUGAUGUGAUAGAUGAGGACACUAUUUGUAAAUUCGUGUGCUGCACAAUAGAGUGUGUAAAUACUGGGAGCUACUUCUAUUAUCAAAUUAAUGUGUUUCUGAACACAUUUUACACUUGAAAUUAAUUGCAGUUUGCUGCCCAUAGCAUCAGUCUCGAAAGGUUAUUUAUGACAAUUAUAUUGAAAUUACAGAGUUUCUGUCUGUCGAAAUUCUGAAAAGAAUGAUAAGAGUGAAUGUUUUUCAUUCUUUUUCUAAAGUUGUAAAAAAUUUGGGUGUUUCUUCCUGUGAAGAUGGAUACCAACACAAUUGGAAAUGCAGUCUAUGUGAUGUGUAUUUUUGGGUGUGUACCAGAUGUGAAAAACAGAUUAAACAAUAGGAAAAUUAGAAUCAUGACUGAGAUUCAAAAUGUGAGCAUUGUGAUGGGCUGCAAGAUAAUAAUAUUAGUGGGAGACUCAGCUCAGAAUAAUCUGUUUAAUAUUCAGUCUAUCCUGCAUGAAGUAUAAUGUUUUAUAUUUUUUUGGUUUACACCCAACAAAAUUGCAGUAAAGAGUUUGCAAGUCCAUUGAAAUUCAUAAUUUAUUAGAAAAAUAAGACCAUGUUACCACUACCUGCCUCUUGGUGUAACUGUGGUUUUCAUUAUAACUAAUUUAUAUUUUAUCACUCAAACAUUUCAGUAUUUAUUAUUACUGUCUUCACAAUAAUCACCUCAGCAGAAAAAUUGAGAUAAUUUCUGGAUAACAAAUGUGUUCUGUAGAAAAGUAGAGAAAAAAAAACUUUUAGUACUAUUACAACAUUAUAAUUUCUGACAUAGGAGAACUGUGGUAUUUAAUUGUCAUUUACAAUGGAUUAAUAAAUUUAUAUUUUAUUCACUGUGUAGAAACAGUUUGUUAUUUAGUAUUAAGGUUUAUGUGCUGCAGAUUAAAUUGAGCUGAUCUCUGCAUUGUUGUUUGACAUUUUUUAAGUCAACUUGUGCCUUAACAUUGUAUCAUGAGUUCAUCCACAUUUGCAGCAUAGUUCACUUUAAGUUGCAUGUCCUUCAUUUAUCACUCUUUGCUGAAAAUCAACUGGCCUUGCUCAGAUUAAUAGAGCAGAUUUUGCAGCUGUGUGGUUACUGUUGUCUUAAAACCGAUAUCAGCAUCAGAAAACAUGCUACACUCAAAAGAUCAAAAUAAAUUUCUCUUUGCUGUUGUGUAAAGUGAAAUAUAUAUUUCAGAUGAUACUUUGUCACUUGCCCUGUGUUGGUUCAUAGAUAUUAGCUGAAGACAAAGUCUCACCAUAAGCAUUUUCUUAGGUCACUUGCAAAAAUAAAUUAAUUUUUUUGUGUACUGGAAACUACGUAUGUCAAAUGAUAGUUCUGCUAAUUUGCAGACUUAUCAACAGUUACACAAAAUGUUUGCUAGUCAUAAGAAAUAAUAAAGUAUAUGACAAAAAAAUAACGAGUAUAAAGGCUGAAUUUCACUGUUUCUCACACAGCAAAAUAAUUCUCAAAAAUAUUUAAUUAUUGUGAUGACAGGAAAGAGUGCAGAAUCAUUUGCAGUUGUUGUUAAUUAAAAUAAGCACAAAAAACACACUGAGAUGUGCUGCAUGUCAAAGUAUUGUUCUUUGUGAAAGCCUGCCAAAACAAACAAGAUUCAAUGAUAAAUAUAUAUAAUUUUUUAAAUGAAAAAACCCCUUCUACAUCUGUUUCUGUUUGCAGCAUAAAUACUGUGGUAAAUCUCUGUUUGUCUGUUUUUUAAGCGGUAUCUAUUUUGUGCUGAAAUGAAACUGAUACUUUGUGAGUAGCAAUACCUUGCAUUAUUUUAUGUUGGCUUGCAAGACUUAGGUUACCUAAUUCAGUGAAUUUUAAAUUUGUAAUCAAACAGGAGCAUUAUUUUGUUUUAAUAUGUUAUGUUGAUUGACACCAUAGUUAUUGUUGCUGGAUAUAUUUUUAUGGCUUUAAAUAAAAUAUUUGGUUUUUAAGCAAGUGUUUUAAAUUUCCAGUGUGUAAAAACAGUUAAACUGCAGUCUCACUGGGCUUAAGAGGAAUAUUUGUAGGAACAAUUAUACUAUCUUUAUUGUUGGAUAAAGGCUGAUUUUAUUGUAAUAAUGAAUAUUAAUUACACAUUAUUUUUAGAAAAUUAAUGACUCUUGCACUGCACUUUGUAAUGCAAAUAAAUGUUUGACAUGAGAA